AUGCUCGCGUCCGGUGGCCACGUACACAUGAAAGUCCCCCUCGCGUCAGCACCAGCACCCCCGUCUGGUCUUCACAAUCCUCACACUCCAGCCAUGGAAGUGGCCGAGUAUGAAAAGAUCCUGAACAUCCGCGACCAGAUAUUCGCUGGCACUCACCCUAGACUAAAAGUUCCAGACAGUGUGGUCCGCAGGGUUGCGCCGCGGUCGGUUGCCCAGACGUCGCCGUCUUCUUCCUCCGUCUCUGCUUUUACUCCCGUAUCUCAAGCUUCGGCUUCAGAACCGCCGCCUCCUGCCCUUGCUCCUGCUCAUGCCCUUGCUCCAGCGCACCAUGCUGCCCAGAGCGCCAUUACCGCUUCUCCAUGGGUGUCGACUACGAAUAACGCGUCGUGUCGGGGUACUGACUCUCCCGCGACAGGCGCCUCGACGCCCAAGCCAACGUCGGAGAUUGAUCCUAUAUUCCUAACUAAAUCAGACGAUCUGAUCAGGGCAGAGACCCAAUUGCAACGGCAGCGUCUCGAGCGUGCAUUGCGCGAUCAUGCCGAGCAGAAGAGAGCAGAAGAAAGGCAGAAGCCCCCGUUACAGGAGCUGAAGCCGGAUUUUGAUGUCUCGGACGUCCUUAACAAGGCGUUGGAGAUGGUCAAACCCCUUCCUCCCCCCUCUGACCAAGUUAAUAACAUUGGCGUUGAUGGUGACGGUGAUCAGGCUAAUGGCCACGUAGCCAGUGAUUCUUUCGAUGAACAUUCCUACUAUUCGAGCAGAGCUCCUGAUUCGCCACAGAAUGAGGACUAUGAUGAUGAUGAAAUGACCGUUGCGCCGCCGCUGGCAAGGAAGAUGGAUACAGACGAGAGUGACGAUACAGUUAUCGUAGACCGUGCACAUAUUGAACAUGACCCUGAGCGUGACCCUGCUGGGGGUAGUCAUGGUAUGGUAGAUCAGCUUGCUAACAUGCAUGAUGCAAGGAGGGAUCUGGAAAACAUCCAGCCAUGGGCAGAGGAUACUGAGCACCAAUACUCACCUCCAGAGCCAUACGAGGAGCCAGAAUACUCGCCUCCGGGCCCCGAUAUAUCACUCGGUGGACGACGGGAUAUGCUAGAACCCAGCUAUCUUGGACCGCCGAGUAGAAGGCAGCCUCCGAUGGAACAGCCGCCAAAACAACGGUCUCCUGUGUCUAGGAAUCUAAGAGUUGUUAGAAACCACAUCACCUCUCCGGCAGCACCGCAGCCUUCCCGCGUUUCCCCUCUUGCUAUAUCAAGAGUGGCUUCGAUCACACAAUCGCGUCAAGGUCGACAAAGUAGGCAGGCUAUUCAAGUCUCCACUGACCAAGGCUCUGCACGUAACAGCCCAGAUGGAGCGCCGGCACAGGCGUUGAUGUCACGAAAGCGCCGUCGCAUCCAACAGGCUCAGGAUAAAAAGAGGCUCGCUGAGGAAAGAAAGGCUGCUGAAUCCCCUGACAUGCCAUACAUUAAGCCCGAGCCCGUCUCUCCUCCACCAUUUAUCGAUGCGCCUCCCGCGGCGACUCAUUAUUCAAGAAGCCGGAUAGUCCAAGAAGUGCCUGCCGAUGUUGAUUACGUGCCUCACCACAGUCAGCCCGACAGCCAUGUUGUGGGCGGCCGUGUACCUGCCUAUGAAGACGGUCAUGCUAGAACAUAUGAAUUGGACAGUCCCAUUGAGCUGCAUACCCCUCGAACAACCUCGAGAAUAGGUUAUAGGCGGCCCGUUCGGGAUGAGCAUGAUCUUCGACGGGUAGCUAGCUUACAACACGCUCGACAAACAGAGUACAUCCAAGAGUACACGGAACCAGCUGCAGAUAUAUCUCCACGCCACGGACGAGCAGUAUCAUAUGCCGAACCACCCAUCCAAGUAGAGAGGCCAAGGUACCACGACGACGGCCAGCCCGCUCAAUACACGAGAAGAUACAUGACCAGACCCCUUUCGCCCCAUUAUCAUGAAAGCUACGCUCCAGUCCGUGUCUCAGAGACGCGUGUCAUGGGCCCUCCACCGCCUCAGAGACGCAUCGUCGUCGAUGCAGAGGGCAACCGGUACUAUGAAUCGAUCGACGCCCCGCGCGCCAUACCACCAUCAGCAGCCCGUCUUUCAAGAGUUGAGCCCUAUGACGGAGCCGGCCACCCACCCAUCGCUCGCUCCAUGUCCAUUGUUGAUGACCACUACCGAGACCGUAGAUACAUCCAAGAAAUGCCGCCGCCCGAAAUAACCUAUCGCCGCAACCCAGGCUCAAUCUCCGGUCCGACUCCUGGGCCCCGACCAAGCUAUGCUGCGGACAACGAACUUGGCGACCCGCGUUUCUAUGACCGCGAAGCUCCAGACCGCGGACCUGUGAUACGAAGCGCAAGCGUCCAAAUGGUAGAUUACCCACCGCGCCAAUCCCAACACCAACACCAACAUCAACGCCAGCCUCAACCGACAUACGUUGAAGAAGCUCCUUUCCCCCACGAGGAGAUAGUACGGGUGGCUAGCGUGCGUCCUCCGCCCGUAGGUGUACCUCGAUAUGAGGAACAUCACGAAGUCCGACCACGUAUGACGAGUGUGCGACCCAUGCGGCGUGAAGUAAGUGUCUACGUCGAUGACGAGGCCGGUCAUGCAAGGGAGUAUGCACCCGUUGAGCGGUUCGGCGGUGGACCUUCCUAUACUGCUCGGCCGGUAAGAGACGAGCGGUUCUACGAUGGUGCUGGCCCCAGCAGGAUGGAACCUGAGGCCGGGCCCGGAGUCAUUCGACGAGUACCUCGACAGUACUAA